AUGAAUGUGGAACUGAUUAGAAAUACGCUGUACAAAGCAUACAUAGAGGAUUUCUAUAGAUUCUGCAAGAAACUGGGAGGCACUACUGCUGAAGUCAUGUGUGAGAUUCUUGCUUUUGAAGCUGAUCGCAGAUCUAUCAUUAUCACAAUCAACUCUUUUGAUACAGAACUGAGCAAAGAUGAUCGUGAGAAACUUUACCCUAGAUGCGGUAAAUUGUACCCAGAAGGUGAGUUCACUUACUACAUAUUUUUUUUAUAUUGUGCUGAGCAGGAGAUGCGUAACAUCAUCUGGAUUGCUGAAUGCAUCUCUCAACGACACCGCACAAAGAUCGACAACUACAUUCCGAUUCUGUAA